UCCAGUCCAGUUAUUUCCACCAGGAACUUUAUUCCACGGGUGCGGUUGUUACCUAAAUUCGGUCGAAUAGAAGCAGAGAGACUUGUGUAUUGUUUACGACUGUAUCUUCCCCUAAUAUAAGAUGUAUUUAUUUAUUUUUAAUUAUUGAGCUGUUUUGUGUUGUCUGAGUGGCGUUUCUUUCGCUUAUUUUCAAGACCAACAAGAUUAACGUAGCAUAUUUACGUAGCCUAUAGCAAUUAUCUACUAGCCUGCUGAAAUGAAAUACUUAAUUGUCUAAACAAGAAAGGUGACACUAAAGGAAGGUUCGCCGCUUUAGUCAACGGCAGAUUCAUAUAUGGCUGAACGCCCAGCCUGCAACUUUGAUAGUUAGUGUUGUGCCCUUUAUAAUUACAAAUUUAGGCUGGGAUGUUGGAAACUUCGCUGGAUGCAAGAGGCAGAUUAUAUUAUGGUAGCCUAUUUGUCUCGCACAUGAACUAUAGGCUAUCAAAAGUGAUUGUAGGUGUAGGUUAUAAGAGAUUUUUCUCUUUCGGUUCAGUUAUUUCCUGGUGCUGCAGAAAGAGGCAGUGCUGAGUUGAAGAGACCGAAAUACAGAUUUUUUGCACCGUUUUCUUCAUUUUAUUUUGAAAUCGAGCCACUUAUUUUGUUAUUCGUUUACACUUUCAAUCCAAGAAAACAGUUUAGCGGAAGAUGGGUUGUUUAGGAAACAGCAAAACAGAAGAUCAACGUAUCGACGAAAAGGCACAGCGAGAAGCGAAUAAAAAAAUAGAAAAACAGUUGCAAAAAGAAAGACUAGCGUAUAAAGCCACACAUCGACUUCUUUUACUGGGGGCUGGGGAGUCCGGAAAGAGCACGAUUGUCAAGCAGAUGAGGAUCCUUCACGUCAAUGGUUUUAAUACAGAAGAAAAGAAAAUGAAAAUUCAGGACAUCCGGAAAAAUGUGAAGGAUGCCAUAGCGACUAUAGUUUCAGCGAUGAGCACUUUAAUACCCCCGGUUCCAUUAGCCAAUCCAGAGAACCAGUUCAGAAUAGAAUACAUCAGAAGUAUUGCACCUUACUCAGACUUUGACUACACACAGGAAUUCUUCGACCAUGCAAAGAAGCUGUGGGACGACGAAGGGGUGAAGGCCUGCUUUGAGCGCUCCAACGAGUACCAGCUCAUUGACUGUGCGCAGUACUUUUUGGACAGAAUUGACUUAGUAAGACAGAAUGACUACACGCCAACAGACCAGGACCUGCUUCGCUGCAGAGUGUUGACUUCAGGGAUUUUUGAAACGCGUUUUCAAGUGGACAAAGUGAAUUUUCAUAUGUUUGAUGUUGGUGGCCAGAGGGAUGAGAGGAAAAAGUGGAUCCAGUGUUUUAAUGAUGUCACGGCUAUCAUCUUUGUCGUUGCGAGCAGCAGCUACAACAUGGUAAUAAGGGAGGACAACGACACAAACAGGCUACGGGAAGCGCUGGACCUCUUCAGCAAAAUCUGGAACAACAGGUUUUUACGGACCAUUUCGGUCAUCUUGUUCUUGAACAAGCAGGACAUGCUGGCUGAGAAGGUGUUAGCAGGGAAAUCCAAAAUUGAAGACUACUUUCCUGAAUAUGCUCGUUACACCAUACCAACUGAAGCAACUCCUGAGCCUGGAGAAGACCCAAAAGUGACAAGGGCAAAGUUUUUCAUCAGAGAUGAAUUCCUUAGGAUCUGCACAGCCAGCGGAGACGGCGGCCACUACUGCUACCCCCACUUCACCUGUGCCGUGGACACAGAGAACAUCCGCCGCGUCUUCAAAGACUGCCGGGACAUCAUCCAGAGGAUGCACCUGCGCAUUUACGAGCUCUUGUGAUGAGGGGGGCGGCCUGUGCCCUGCCGACCUGGCCCCCCACUCCCCAGAACAGCCUCCAGCGCUGAGACAGCGCGUACUACUGAUGUGCAUCAGUGGAUUCCGCCAUUACUUAGUCUUUUUUUAUUUAAAGCCAUUCUCUACUCCAUUUUAUCUUUAAUGUGAGGAGGGGACGGAAGCAAGACAAGUGCUUCACUAUUCCUUUAUCAUGCCUUUUUACGUCAUUCCAUUAAGCCUGUGGCUACCUCUGUUUUUUGUAAUCUCUGUUUUCGUUUCACUCUAUGCCAUUGCCGUCGUUGUCGGACCUGGACUUUGCCAGCGAGCGGACGAGCUGGAGGAGGGUCCGUCUGGCGGACGGCGCUCGCGUGGGGCCCAGCCCUACCUGGCGACCCGCCUCCGCACAGGGCCUCUGAUUUUUAUUGUUUUCAACACUGAAGAGUACUUGAUUGGGGGGUGUUGGGGGAAAAAGACGAAGAUGAAAUGCACUUUUGCAUCAGGUUUCUUAAAACCGGUGAGGAAGUGUACACACGAUGUAGCACCACUGUAUUUAUUACCAUCACGGUUUUUUAGCGUUCCGAGUUGCGGGUCGACUGAGAAGAUCCUGACUUCCUCUACAGGGCGCGGAUGUAGAGGAGGGCGGUUGG